AUGGCAGUCCGCGUUCAAUUCGAAAACAAUAAUGAAGUGGGAGUAUUUAGCAAACUAACAAAUUCUUAUUGCCUUGUUGCAAUUGGCGGAUCGGAGAAUUUCUACAGCGUGUUCGAGGCGGAGUUAGCGGACAUCAUUCCUGUAGUUCACGUUAGCAUAGCUGGUUGCCGCAUCAUCGGUCGCAUGACCGUCGGAAACAAAAAUGGUCUUCUGGUGCCCUCGUCCACAACAGACACAGAAUUGCAACAUAUUAGAAAUAGUCUACCAGAAAAAGUCAAAGUGCAGCGAGUGGAAGAACGGCUCAGCGCUCUUGGAAACGUAAUAGCGUGUAACGAUUAUGUAGCCCUUGUGCAUCCCGACCUAGACCGCGCCACAGAAGAAAUAUUAGCAGACACAUUAGACGUGGAGGUAUUCAGACAAACCGUCGCUGGUAACGUUCUAGUUGGAUCAUACGCAGCACUAAAUAACCGUGGUGGUCUCGUCCACCCCAAAACCGCUAUCCAGGAUCAGGAUGAAUUAUCAUCCCUUCUACAAGUGCCUUUAGUUGCAGGCACAGUAAACAGAGGCAGUGAGGUUAUUGCCGCAGGAAUGGUUGUAAAUGAUUGGUGUGCAUUCUGUGGUCUAGAUACAACAUCGACAGAGAUCUCACUGAUUGAAAGUGUGUUCAAGCUAAAUGAUGCUAAGCCGACAGCAAUCACAUCCACAAUGAGGGCAUCGCUGAUCGACAGUAUGUCAUAA